GGAACGAGAACCAAAAGCUUGUUUGGGCGUUGAAACUUCAGUACAGCAUAGGUUAACAAUUUAACACCAACGAAGGAAACCAGAUCAUCGGUGUUGGAUUUCUUCUCGUAAAAGACCAUAAAAAAGAGUGAGAAGAGGAUUUCAGCAUAUAAGCUCGAUGGAUUUCGGCAAUGGUUCUGCAUCAAAUGAGCGUCGGAAGGUUCACAAGUCUGCCUUAGAUAGUGCAGAUCGGCUAUCUGUUCCUUUGUUGAAGACUUCUCCCAAGUCUCCAAUGUCCCCAAAGUCACCAAUGUCCCCAAAGUCACCGAGGUCUCCGAGGUUGCAUGGAAAACAUAGCCCAUUCAAGCAUGAUAGGUCUUCACAUUCUCCAAAAGACGGGCGUCCUAAAAAAGGUGGUUAUGGGGGAAAAGGUACCUGGGGAGGGUUACUUGAUACAGAUGGUACCUAUUUUCUUGACCCUAAUGACCCAAACUAUGAUAGCAGUGAGGAAUGCGAACCUUUAGAUGCAGGAAAGUCGACAGGGGAUUUUGAGGAGUACAAAAAGAAGGCUAUCAUAAUAGUGGAGGAAUACUUUGUCACUGAUGAUGUUGCCUCAACUUCGAAUGAAUUGAGAGAACUUGGAAACCCUCGCUAUAGCUUCUAUUUUGUCAAAAAACUUGUGUCGAUGGCUAUGGACAGGCAUGACAAAGAAAAAGAAAUGGCUGCUGCUCUGUUAUCUUCGCUAUAUGCCGAUGUGGUUGACCCCCCACAAGUUUACAAAGGCUUCAGUAAAUUGGUAAAAUCUGCGGAUGACUUGAUUGUGGAUAUACCAGACACAGUUGAUGUUCUUGCUUUGUUCAUUGCUCGAGCUGUGGUUGAUGACAUACUUCCUCCUGCAUUUCUGACUAAAGAAAUGGCUUCAUUACCUAAGGAUUCAAAAGGGGUUGAAGUCUUAAAAAGGUGUGAGAAGGGAUAUUUAGCAGCCCCUCUUCAUGCAGAUUUGAUUGAGAGGCGGUGGGGAGGUAGCAUGAAUAAAACAGCUGAGAAUGUGAAGGCUAGGAUUAUAAAUUUGUUGAUGGAGUAUGUAAAUAGUAGUGAUAUGAAAGAGGCUUGCAGAUGCAUCAACGAUUUGAAAGUUCCAUUCUUCCAUCAUGAAAUAGUUAAAAGGGUUCUUAUAAUGGCAAUGGAGAGACAGCAAGCUGAAGGACAGCUACUGGAUUUGCUGAAGGAAGCUGUGGAAGAAGGUUUAAUCAACUCAAGUCAAAUAUCAAAAGGCUUUGGUCGGAUGAUUGACACAGUCGAUGACUUAUCACUUGAUAUACCUAAUGCGAGGGGAAUAUUGCAGUCACUGAUCUCCAAGGCAGCAUCAGAGGGAUGGCUGUGUGCUUCAUCUUUGAAGUCACUUAAACUGGAGCCAGGAAAGCAAGCAUUAGAUGUUGGCUCUGCCAAAAUAUUCAAGAUGAAGGCUCAAUCUACUAUUCAAGAAUACUUCUUGUCUGGUGAUAUAUCAGAGGUAAGUAGUUUUCUAGAAUCGGAAGACAAGACUUGUUCAGCAGAAUUGAAUGCUCUCUUUGUUAAGAAACUGAUAACUCUAGCAAUGGACCGGAAGAGUAGGGAGAAGGAAAUGGCUUCUGUGUUGCUGUCAUCUCUGUAUUUCCCUGCUGAGGAUGUUGUAAAUGGGUUCACAAUGUUGAUAGAAUCUGCCGAUGACACUGCUCUGGAUAACCCAGUUGUUGUUGAGGACCUUGCAAUGUUUUUAGCUAGAGCAGAAGUGGAUGAAGUCCUGGCUCCACAACACUUGGAAGAGAUUGGAACCCAGUGUGUAGGGCCGGACUCAAUUGGGAGCAAAGUACUUCAAAUGGCAAGGUCAUUGCUAAAGGCUCGACUUUCAGGGGAGCGGAUCCUAAGGUGUUGGGGUGGUGGGGGAAGCAGCAGGCCUGGGUGGGCAGUCGAGGAUGUCAAGGACAAGAUUGGAAAGCUGCUAGAGGAGUUUGAGUCUGGAGGGGACAUUAGAGAGGCUUGUUGCUGCAUAAAGGAGUUAGGCAUGCCAUUUUUUCACCAUGAGAUUGUCAAGAAAGCUUUGGUGACAAUCAUGGAGAAGAAGAACGAAAAAUUGUGGAGUUUACUCGAGGAGUGUUUUGGCUCUGGACUCAUAACCAUGAACCAGAUGACUGAGGGUUUUGGGAGGGUUUUUGAAUCACUCGAUGACUUGGCUCUGGAUGUUCCUGAUGCAAAGAAACAGUUCACAAAUUAUGUUGAAAGAGCAAAGAUUGCUGGGUGGUUGGAUUCAUCAUCUUAUUUCGGCAAAUCAGAGCAUGCAACAAGCACACACUAAUAAUACUGAGGCCUUCUGAAGCAAAGAGGUGGAUGUGGCAUGGAUGUUUUUCUGAAGCAAUGGCGAGGAUAUGGAGCCAAUUUAAUGGAGUUUCUUCCUUUCUAGUAUCUGGUAGUUUUUAUCAGGAAACGAAUAGCCCGAAAUUACAUGUACAAACAUCUGGUAGUUUGAUUGAAUUAUUCAUGUACGCAGACAGCCGAUGAGAUUUAUAUGGGAAAACUAGAUAGUUUUACAUCUUUGUAUUGCAUGAAUGUAGAGGCUGAAAUUCUGGGAUGUAUUUUUUUUUCUUGCAAUUCAUGUAUAUUGAAUGGUAGAUUUAGCAGCAGUGUCUGUUUCCAUUGCUC